GUUUGAUUUGAUCCCAACCUACACGCCACUUCACCGCUUCACCUCUGACCUCCGCUCAUGCCUCCACGAAAGCAACCGUUAUCGAAGGAAGCGACGGCCCCAGUGCUGGCGACAGCAGCGCGUCCAUCCACGAGGACAAGGGUGACUCGCACCGCUACUCUCCAGACGGAGGAGCUUGCCGCGAAGUUGGAGACAAAAUUGACAAUUUCCGACCCGAAAGGCAAGCAGAAGGCUGUGGAGGCGACUGCUCCUAAAACAACCACGGCAUGCACUAUUGCAAAGAAGACGAGGGUAGUUAAGGAUGUGGAGGGGACAUCAGAGGUGACUGGGCUAGCUCAGGAGCUGGCCAAGGGUUUGACACUUGACGGCGGACCACCAGAGAGGACGAGAGAGGAGAAGUGUACGGAUGCUAUGCGGGAGGUCAACUCUGCGUCCAAGAGCCUGUCCGGUAUCGUUGAGUCUGGGUGGAAGAGCUCAGUGGUUCCAACCAAGGCUCCCCAGCGGAGUUCAACGUCUAAACAACCAGACUUUGCCGUCGCCGCCGUACAGCACGCAAACUCCGCUAGGAGUGCACUCCAAGUGCUACGAGAGUUAAAGCCUGGAGAUAUUGACGUAGAACGCGCUGCCUCGAGCUUGGUUGGGAAGCUUAUCUCGCUAGAACUAUAUGAUACAGCAUUAGAGGCUUUGUCCGAGGGCCGGGCAUUUUUACUCAGAAUCUAUCGUGGCACUCCUUCAGACGGAGAGGUCGUACAGAAGACGAAGGCAUAUCUGCUCUCUUUGCCCCUUCCAUCCGCUAGCCUCGAAGACGACAUUCUCCUGACGCUCACCUCAAAUUAUCUGCUGUACUCACUUUUCGCAUUCUCGUAUACGACGUUUACGACCUCAGCUGCUCCACAAACACCAUCGUUGCUGACCCAUUUCGCUGAUAGUCUCUCCAAUACCUCUACGCUGCUGCAAUGGAUACCUUCCCUGAAAAAACUUUCUCCGAAACACAUGGACUCUAUUCUGACCAGGGCAUAUACGUCAAUCACCAAGUCGUCCGCCCUCACACACUGUGCACCAUUAGACGCGAAGCCUAUGUAUGCUAUCCGCGUAUAUGCACUACAACUUCUGCUUCGCACGUCUCCCUCGGUUCUACGACCAAGCACCUUCUGGGACCAGGUCGUCAAGUUCACCGUAGCAUUCGUGAAGGAUGUCGCAAGCGGCUCCGCUUCGGCUGAGGUCAAGGAUAACGCUACCCGGACCAUUCUAGCUACGUUUGAGAUGAUGAAGGAAGCCGUCCUUGCUACGCGGGCAGACGGGGAUAUUCAGGGAACAUGGCUAGGCGGAUCUGGGUUCGUGGGGUUCUGCGAGUACUGGAUGGACUUUGCAAGGAGGGCAAACGAUGCUGCUCUUAUGCGGCGUAUAUCGGCGCACAUACGGAGUUGCUCUCCGUCUCCUUCCUCGUCGGACAGUCAUUCUGCGCAUACAAAUGAGACGAAGCAGGCAGCUACCGCGGAAGCUACUAUCCGGGAGUCAGCCCCGAAUUCGCAACAAUCCACUAAGCACGAGUCGAUUCGCUUGAGCACAGUGCUAGCGGAAGCUACGUUGCUAGUGGAGCAGCUCGGGAGCCCAGCCGAUGAAGACUUGCAGCGCUGUUUGACAGACGCAGCAUCCGCAGUUGAGGGCUCUAAGGCAUUCCUUGUUGCAGUUUACGCUUCAGGCAACGUAGCCGAGGGCGACGAGCAUCGAUACGCGGACAAGGUACGACGAGCCGUCGAGCGUUUAAGGCGAGCGGCUGUGAAGGCUCUGGAAACUCUACCUACGAAUAGCCAGGCGGCUCGUCGACUGCUGCGGCAUGUGGUCGAGAAGGGAGUAGAUGUCAUAGAAGCAGCGAUAUACUCGACCAAGUCAUGUAAUGGCGAGCUUUUCACAGCAGCUCUAGACUCCCUCUUCGCUCUCGCGCGAGUGACACUCGAGGUCUCGUCACCUCUGUCGUACACACAGGCUUACGACUACCUUUCUCGUGCUGCAGCUUUUCUAGCUCGCGCGGAAGAAUCUGCAUGCGAUACGCUGCAAAUUGCGAACUACUUGCGCUGCCUCUCGGGUGCCUUCCAUAACCUGGGUGGUACCCUGUACCAAGCGACCCAGCACUCUCAUGCCGCACGGUUCCUGGAACAGAGCUGUUCUGUAGGGGAGAGAGCUUUGAAGAUGUACAGGACAACGGGCCGCGUUGAAGUGGAGAAGCAAGAAACGUGGACACAGCUUGAGGACCAGAUGUACCGCCGUUGGGAGAUCUUAGGCGUAUGUCACUCCAAGACAGAAGACCGCAAGCAGGCGUUUGAGGCCUUCGUAAGCUGCGUUAAGACCUUCCCGUUCGCGAAGCAGUCGUUCUUGGAUAUGGCUUCCACGCACAACGUCUCGACACUCUUCGACAGUAUCUCCGCCUUGAAACAUGUCGCUGGUAUCAUUGAUCGCUUGACGUAUAUCGGAAUAUGCGAUCUGUUGCUCGAGCCACGGGCGGUGUCGUUGAAGCCACACCUGGUGGGAUGUUUCGUACCCGAGGGCCUCUCUCUUGACUCUGCCGCGGCGCGGAAGGUCAUCAUCGGGGCGGUGUUGGAGCGCCAGGUUCAAAGUCUGGACGGCUGUAGGUGGAAGAUGAGUGGAUGCAAGGCAGUAAAAUUUUUCCUCAACGAGGCCCUGCGAGUUUAUGACGCGAAGCCUAUGCCGAUUCGUCGAGCGCGGGUCGUCCUCAAGCAGCUCGAGUACUUUCAGUCUUCUCAGUCUGCGAACGCCCAAGAUGCUUUGGAUCCCGAAGCCCUGGGCAGGGAGGCAGACACCUUGCUCUCCAAGCAGGACCUCGGCCUCGACUCAGGUCUCGUCCACUUCCGCACCCGUUAUCGCGCCAUUCUCAAGCUCCGCCUCGCGCUCCUGUGUCACCGCGAAGCGCAGACGUCGCAGUUCUCCAAGGUCGUUGCCUAUGCUGAGGAGGCUUGCGGCAUCCUGAAGGGCGCUCUGUCGGCGUCCUCUCCGUUCAAGCAGCCCCGGCAGUCGGUCACUCCCGCACAGUCGCCGAAGGUUACUCGGACCAGAGCCAGUGGAAGAACGGCGAGCAAGGCGGUCCCUGCGUCAAGAUUGCCUAUAGCCCGCUUGUCGAGGGCAAGGGCCGCGAAAGCCAUCGCUACGAUGCCGGCGACGCCCAAGAAGAAGAGAGUGCCAUCACGCCCAAAUAUUAUUGUCACCGGUACCGCUCCGCUCGAGCCUGAGGAAGCGCAAAGCCUUCCUGUGGAUGACUUCCCUGUUCUACUCGGUCUUCUCCGGUCUUGUUCACAUCUCUUGGGACUUCUUGGGCAGGUGGUCACAAAAGUCCAUCUACUUAUCGUGGCCAGACGCAUCUGCGAGAAUUUUUUAGAUAUCAGACCAGAUGACUACGCUACGAUCUCGAGCGACCUCGCUCAGGAGUAUAUCAAUCUUGGUAAACUAGCGAAAGCAGGAAACGUUCUUCAUGGCGCAAUUAAUCUGGCGAAGAGGGCUAAGCUCUCCGAAGAGACACAAGUCUUGCUUCAGCUGCGAUACGCUGAGUGCCAUGCGGCCGCUGGCAAUGUCCUCAAGGGUUCUUCAGCGUAUUGCGAGGCAUACGCGGCGUCUGGGAUGUUACCGGACAUAGAGAAGGGACUGCCUACAACACAGAGGCUCGUUCUUCGAACCACUAUCCUAGAAAGAGCCGCGGUUGCUGCAAGCACGUUUGCUCUUAUCCAAUAUUCCAGGGACGACCCAGCCGCCGCUAUAAACAGCCUGCUGCAAGCCCUUCGGCUGUGGAAUCGGGCGAUUGAGAUGCUCUCGAAGGUGGUCCCCGCCGAGCCUACCAAGGCUGCCGACGAUGAUACCGAAAACCCCUUCCUCGAAAAGCCCACGACUCACGGUGCGAAGACCCAGGCAAAGGCAAACGAGAAGCCUUUGUCGCCGCGAAAGAUCAUUCCGCGUUUACCUGCUCUAGACGGCAUCGAAUGGCGAGUCUCCCAUGGGUUACUGGUGACACUCUUCGCCUUGACUCAAGCAUACAUCGCACGAGGUUCUCCUCGAGAGGCCGAGUAUUUCGCGCAACAGGCCAAAGACGUCGCGGAGUCGCUGAACACCCCGGCUAUGGUCGGCAGAGCUCUCGCGCGCAUAGGGGAAAUCUACCUUCACCUCCACCAAGUCGAAGAUAGCCGUACCUCGCUGGUGAAGGCUGCCGAACUCGCUGCCGACACCGCCGGUCCGGACGUUGCUGAGAUCCGCUGCCUUCGUGCGGAGCACAGUCGACGGCACUCCGAUGGCAAGCAUGCACAGCAGCUAUAUGACGAAGCCAUGAGCAUGUUGGAAGAGCUGGAUAGCGUGUUCGCUGCCCUCGAUAGACAGGCUCCCAGUCCUCGCAAAUCACUUGAGGGCAUGUUGUCGCCUAAGUCGUCGAAGGUCACCACAAACCAUGAGUCGCUUGCUCCGAGCGUCCUCAUGGCAAUCCUGCGUCAAAAUAUCCGACUCCUCCAUGGCGAAGGCGAAGAGUACGCAGCGCUACUGGAACGCUUCCGCAAUUUGUCUCUGACUGCCGAAGCCAAGGCAGAAGAGAGCGCUUUGCUGGCCAAGUUGUCGCUUGAGAAUGUCUACACGCGAUUCCAAGCCGAUAUGUUCCUGAGCUCCCUGUCUGAAUCCACCAUCACCCUACCCAUGGGAAUGACCCGAGACAAGGCGCGGGCGGUUGCAACAGGACAUGACGUCCUUGCUAUUCUGAACAACGCGGAGAGGCUAUUUUGGUCGGAUCUUGGUCUCAUCUCCCGACGAGGAGCUGUCUUCGAUGUGCGCGAUGCGGCUAUCUCGCUAGCUUUGAUCAGGUCGUUUCAGACUUCCCUAGGUGGAUCCUCGGCAGACAGCCCGGUGGUGGCGGCACGUCUUCUCGACAUGUCUGCCGCGAUUACGCUGCAGCGUGAAGUGCUGGAGGCCACCCAGCACAAGUUUCCAGACAUCGCUACGCAGAACGACCUGCAAUGGCCAGUCAUGACGCCGAAUGGCUCUGUAAUGCCGCCACCAAAGCGCAAGCCUAAAGCUCGGUUCGUACCCUUUGGAUCUGACGACGAAGAUGACGGCCACGAGGACGUUUCCGAACAUGCUCUGAAGAAAUUUUGGGAGACCAUCGGCAACAAGUACAGGAGCCGGGUCUGCGACUCAACCAGCCUCGCCUCUCCUCAGCUAGAAUUGCUCCCAAGACAUUGGACUGUUGUCAGCAUUAGCGUCACGGAAGAUCGCAAUACGAUGUUCGUCACGCGGCAGCGUCCUAGGCGAGAACCUCUCAUCUUCUGCAUUCCAUUGAAAGAUCGGAGAGAGAACGUGGACGACACCGAGUUCCUGACCUUCGACGAUGCAAUCGCUGAGCUCAAAGAGAUCAUUCGUCUCAGCGACGAGGGGACAAGGCAGGCGCAGCACGUAACGAAGGAUCGCGUAUCCAGGUCUGCUUGGUGGGCUGACCGAGCUGCGCUUGACGAGCGCAUGAAAGCGCUUCUAGCUAAUAUCGAAUUCUGCUGGUUGGGUGCAUUCAAGACUAUCUUGAACGAUUCCACAGACAUUCCGGGCAACCUGUUGGAUCCAUUCCGUACCCAAGUCGAGCUCGCCUUCAAGCGCGGACUCCGCCUGCAAGACAAGAGACAAAGUACCGCUAUCCGACUCAACGACGCCCUGCUUGAGUGCUUCGCGUCACUCUCGCCUAAAUGCCGCGACGAGGAACUUGCGGACCUGGUCUACUUCAUCCUCGACCUUUACCAGUUCCACGGUAUGCCUGUCGCAGUCAACGAGGUAGACAUCGAUGAGGUCGUCGUGGACCUACGUACCGCGCUCGAGGAGCAUCAUGCACGGUGCAUUGGGAAGCUCCGGCUACAGAAAGAUGCACAUAUGUUCCUUGUGCUUGACAAGAAUGUCGCCGGUGUUCCCUGGGAGUCGCUGCCCAUUCUCAGAGGAAGGAGCAUCAGCCGCAUCCCAAGCGUGGACUUCCUCUUGGAUCGGCUCGAGUAUUGCCAGCAGAUGAAGGUGGCUGGCUCUUCCGCAGCUCAAGGGUCGGUUGAUAGGAUCGUCGUGGAUCCUCGGAGCACGUACUACGUUCUCAACCCGAGCGGCGAUCUGAAGAAUACUGAGGGUCGCUUCCUUGACUGGCUGAAAGAUAUGGCCAGCAUCGGUUGGGACGGUAUCGUUGGACGCGCUCCAAGCGAGCUGCAAUUAUCGAACGCACUGACGGGGAAGGAUCUGGUCAUUUACUUCGGGCACGGCGGAGCGGAGCAGUACAUCAAGUCGCACAGGUUGCGACAUCUCCCUCGCUGCGCUGCGACGAUGCUCUGGGGCUGUUCUUCGGGUGCCCUGAAGGAGAUGGGUGACUUUGAUCGCAUUGGCACGCCGUACAACUAUAUGCUCUCAGGAUGUCCAACGCUCGUCGCGAACCUCUGGGACGUCACCGACCGCGACAUCGACAAGUUUUCGCAGGCUGUCUUCGACAAGAUGCAUCUUACGCAGGAACGUGUCGCGCAGUGGAGGCCAGAGAAGAGAAGGGAGGACGAAGCUUCCAUUGUCACGGCGGUCGCAGAGUCGAGGGACGCGUGCAAGCUGAAGUAUCUUACCGGUGCAGCGCCAGUAGUAUACGGUAUCCCAUUCUACCUGUAGAUCUUGCCCAAUGUCUUCCAUCUCAUGUAUGUUCGAUAUCUUGACCUAAUCUCAGUGUGAUCUACUUUGGCUCAUGCUCGCCGCUUGUCACGCAGCACGAUUGCUACAAAUAAAUUACAUAUUACAGCAUGCAGGUUUAUAUGCUACGAUAAUAGAAUGGCUGAUAAUUACGCGUACUGCAAAGCA